CAAAUUUGCUAAACCUGGGUCCAAAAUAAGUGACUACAGUGUUUAUGAUGAUGCUGAUUUAUGGGGAGAUGUCUGCAAAGACUUGGAAGUGCCCAAUACAUUUGCAAAUCGGGUAAAAAUCCGUAAAGCCACUGCAGAUCUUUGGAAGGGCUCCUGGGAGAUUUUCACAAAAGAUUUAAAGGAUGACAGUCUUCGUGCUGAAAAAGAGUCUUCAGAUGAAAAGGACACUUCAGAGAUCGAGAGUGGCUCAAAAGUGAGACAUGAUCAUGAUGUUGAGGACAGACCUUGUGGAGUGCAAAAGUCCUCCUCGGAUGGAAGUGAUGUGGGAGACUGGGAGUCUCCACUUUUGGAGCAAGACAAUGAAAGUUUAUCUUCUUUUGAAAAGGACACAUUGCCUGAAAGUGACACUGCAAUCACAAGUCAUCUGGUCUCCUGUGAGAAUUUGACAACAGCUUUAAAAGGUAGUCCACAUGCUAAAAAGGAGUUUGAAUCUUCGGAUCAAAAGGAUAAUGACAAGGAAUCUGACUUGGCUGAAUCUGCUUACAUUUCUACAGAAAGCAGUGAGGCAGAAGAUAAAUUCUUUAGAUGUAGUUUGCCACAGGAGCCAUGUUUCUUUUUUAUUGACAAAAAAGAAUGGCAAGACCUGAGAAAGCAUCAGAAAGGAAGAUGUUUUCAAGGAUUACAGUGGACAAAUGUAAUUGCAAAGGGAAUAAGGUCAAUUCACCCGUACUGCAGUUUUGGUUUCAAACGCCACAGCGUCAAAACCCUGCAGUCACUAAAAACCACUCCCCUAUUCAAAUGCACGGGCUACUGCCGUUUUGAAGAUUGUCCCAUUAAUGUUACUGUGGAAGUCACAGAUGAGGUCACCCUGAAGACUGCUGUGCUAUUCACAGGGGGAGAUGUGUGCCACAGUACCACUGAACUAAAAGGGAGGCCAGUGCGUGCAGAUGCACGUUCUUCUACUGGAGAAACUCUGGAAACCAAACUACCCAGAAGUGUUUAUUUGGAUUCCAUGCAAAAACUCCCAGAGAUGGUGAUGCAGUCUGGGUGCAGAGAUGAAGCGCCAACAAAAGAGGUUCUGAAAACCAUUUCAUGGAGCCAAAGAAAACUGAAAAGACCUCAUUCAAAUGAACUUCUAAGUCUCCAAAUGCUAAUUAAUGAAAAGAAGGGCUCAGACAAUGAAGUCCUCCAGAGAGUCAUGAUGCACCCAAAGGGCAUAAUGAUGUGGUCAAAGAAAACACUAUCAGUGUUUUACAAAAGGUGCAAGGAGGACAUUGUCUAUCUGGAUGCAACUGGAAGUAUAAUUCAAAAAGGAAGCUCCACAAGUCCACCAUACUAUGUGUAUGAAUUAGUUGUGCGUAAUCCUUCCAAAGGGGCAUCUCCUCUUCCAGUUGCAACCUACCUAACUUGCGACCAUACCACAGCCUCUGUCACAUACUUUUUGCAGGCUUUUCAAACUGACAUGAUAAAGCUGUAUGGGAAAAAGGCAGUCAAAAGGCCAAUUAUGAUCAUUUGUGAUGGCUCCCUUGUGCUUCUAAAUUCCAUUUCUUUUACGUUCUGCAAACUAAGUCUGGAGGAUCUUCUGCAGAAGUACUUUGAAGUCAUCACUGGCCAAUACCAGGCAGAACAUUUUGAUCUUCCCAUCCUUCAUAGAUGCUUAAGCCACAUAAUGAAAAAUGCAAAGGAUCUGUGCAAAAAACAUAUGCAAAGACACUACAAGCUUGGAAUGCACACAUUUGGGCUACUUGCAUGUUCAACCAAUCUAAAGCAGAUGGAUGAGGUGCUUCUCAGUGCCACAGUUGUGUUUUGUAGUCCGUGCAGUGGAGACAAUGUGGCAAAGCAUUACAACAACUUAGUAGUGCUUAUGCAACAAGUGGGAAAACUGGAAUUUGAGGAAGAAAACAUUGCUGCUGAGGACUACAAGAAUGAUGUGGGAACCACAGCUCUCGAGAGCCACUUCCAGCAGGUAAUAGAGAGAGCACCUCUUGACCUUGAUGGCGAAGAUAACAACUAUCAUGCUCCAGCAUUCAUUGCAAGAUUGGCCAAGUACUUCCUCCCACAUGCAACUCUGUGGUCUGGUCUGAUGCUAGGUGAUAUUGGCCGUCAUGGUACUGGCUCAGCAUACCAGCAUUUCAGCAAAAUUUAUGAAGAAGUCAGUAAGUCCAAUAAACAGAACUUUACACAGGACAAUCGAACACAGGGCAUUAUGGAAAAAAGCCAAUGGGACCUAAAAAAAAUCAGGUUCCAGAGAAGGAGACUCACACGACUGGAUGACUUUGUGCUGAUAUAUCAAAGGAUGCAUGAUGCACUGCUCCGUGAAUAUGAAGACACAGAAAGAUCAAGAAAGAAAUUGUUUCGAGUGGAAAUGGAACAGUGGAAAAAGAGAAGUCAGAAGCGUAAAGGAGUAUACGUUUCUCCAUUAGUGAAGGGUUUGCCAUUCAAAGAUGUGAGAAGCAAGGAGAAGUCUUCAAAGGCACCCCCAGAAGUACAUAAGGAAAAACAAGAAGAUGUGAUCCAAAAUCAGGCAGAGACGAAAGGUAAUAGUGCUGAUCAAAUGUAUGGGGAGCCCAAAACACUCGAGGAGACUGAAAAACAGAGAAAGAAAGCUCCAGGGAAGAAUAUUAGGAGAAGACGAUCAAAAAUUGAGGGACCAAACUGGGGCGUGUUAAAUCCAUCUGAAAUAACUGCUCCUAGAAGAAUGACCAGGCCAACCAAAGUAAACAUGCCGCAACAAAUCCUUCACCAGGAUUUUUGGUUGAACUCUGAUAUCAUCGACCAGGCCAGCUACAUCUUGGCAAAGGACAAUGUGCACAUUGAUGGGUUUCAGUCCGUUUUGCUCUUUAGUGUUAUUCCAAACGGAGGGAUUGUGGGAACUCCACAAAAUAAAUUUGUGCAGAUUUUGCACAUUCGGCAAAACCACUGGAUCACAGUUAGCAAUUUAUUUUGUGGUGAGAAUCAGCUUUCUGUGUAUGACAGUAAAAUUGCCCCUCUGGACCAAAGUACCCUACAGACACUGUCCUGGAUGGUAAGGCCACAGUCAGAACAUUUUUAUGUUCUCCAACCAGCUGUGCAGCAGCAAUCCAAUCUAAGCAAUUGUGGUGUGUUUUCAAUAGCAUUUGCAUAUGCUCUAUGCAAGGGUCAUCCACCAGAGCUAUGCAUGUUUAAUGAAGGCAGGCUGAGGUCACAGCUGUAUGCUUCAUUGACAAAAAACAGCAUCACAUUUAGCAUAAAGACUCGAGAGAGUGAAGCUCAGGCAAAUGUGACCAAAAUUGCAGUACCAGUUUACUGUGUUUGCAGAACAGCACAUUACAAGGAGCUUAUGGUCCAGUGCUGCAGCUGCCAACAGUGGUAUCAUCCUAAAUGUGUAGAUAUACCCAAAACUGUAAUUGGAACUGAUGAGGUCUGGCAAUGUGUCAAAUGCCACUGAUGGACACUACAUGAGGUAGCAUUUCUUAAAAUAAAUUUUAAGAAACGCCACAUUGGAUGGAACACCAUAACAGUGCAAUAAGAAGAAAGCUUUUUUUGAUAUUUUUUUAUGUUAGUAUAAUUGUAAAUUAUCUGAAUAUUUAAUUGAAACAAUAUUGCUGUAUUUGAACCUUGCAUUAUAUUAUUUUACUUUUUUUUAUAUAUAUAAAAAGUUAAUUUGUAAAUAUUAAAGGACAGUGUCAACAGUGAAAUCCAAAUGUGUAUCUAUUCAU